AUUUUGUCAAAUGUGUAACAAAUUUUUGUCGGUUUAUGACGAUGGUGUUUUGUCAUCGGCUCUUUAUCGUUAUCUGGUUGCUUUAUGGGGUGUCACUAGAAUUUUUAUUAUCUAUGGUUUUAUCAACAUAAUCGUGAUUCAUGAUUAUUAAACUUCAUUUGUAAAUAUUUCAAUAAUUCUAAUUUAACGUUUAACAAGUUUCGGAUGUUUAUUUGUUAAACAUUAUUUAGUGUAUGAUUGUUAUGUUUCUUAAAAGGAAAAUGUAAAGUUCUCAUUUAGGUACAUUGUUAUUGAUAUUAAUACAAUCGGUGUUCAAUAUGGAUUUGCUGUUUUGGUCAAUUAUUUUUAGUUAUUUGAACUUUUUAUCAAUUAAAUUUACUCCAAAGGUAAAUUUUCAUUUAUUUAAUAAUUAAACUAUGAAUUUUGCACAUUUCAGAGAUUAUGGAUUUAUAAAAGCAAUUGUAUCAUAGUUGUAUUGUAAUUUUUAAUUAAUUUGUUUUAGUUGAUAUCUUUAUUUUUAUAUUAUUAUAAUGGAGAACAGAAAAUAAAAUCUGAAAUAUUAUUAUUGGAAAAAGAACAGUCUAAAAUUUCUAUUGUAAAAGAAUUUGCUAAACAUGCAAAGUUACAAAGAAAAAUCAACAUGCUUAUCAAACAAAUGGAAUAUAAUUGUAUGUUUUUAUUGUCUACUUUAAUAUUUAUAAUAUUGCUGUAAUUGCACUUUUUGUUUCAGUUCAAAAAAAUGUAUCUAGAAAUAUGAAAAUAAAAAUGACCUGUACACUGAUUUUAUAUUUUUUCUCUGUAAGUAUAUUAAUAGUUUUCAUUAAAAAAAGACGUAAGUUAAUCUUACAUUAAACAUUUUGAUUUACUGUUGAAUGUUAAUAUUUGUAAAUUUAAAAAAUGAUUCAUUAUUGUACAAAUUAAAUUUUUAAUGAUAUGAGUAUGACAAAAUGAAUCAAUGAUUAAAACUAUAAAAAAAACAUAAAAUAAGUUAUACAUAUGUCUCGUCAUUUGAUUUUGUUUUCUUGUUGUAGUGGUUAAUGUAAAAAUAAUUGUAAAGAUCUGAAAUUUGCACAAAAUAUACAUAUUAGGGUUUUCAUGAUGUUCAUUAUAAGUUGUACUUAUUGAUAAAAUAAAAAAAAUAUAGUUUGUUUUAAUGUUUUUUUAAUAAGUUAAAUUUUAAAUAUAAUUGCAUUUCAAAAUAUAUAUUACUGAACUUUGCACCGUUUUUCGUUGACAAUAAUUUGUUAUUGCAUACUGAUAUUAAUCAAAAAACUCCAUGUACUCUAUCUUCCCAACUUCUCACCUAUAACCGAGGCACACAUGUUUCCAGUAUCAGCUCUUAGAUUUUGAGAGGAGCAAGGAAUGUUUUGGUUGAACUAUGUUUUUUUUUUUUAUUCUUUACCUGUGAACAAUUUUUCUACCAGAUAUUCCGCUCCGAUUUUCAAGUGUAUAGCACUUUUUCUGAAAGGAAAUCUGACUGGGGUAGUACUUAUGGGAGGCCAUAUUUUAAUUUCCUAGGGGUUUUCAUAAUAAACUUAAAAAAUUAACGAAAUGUAUUAUUAGAUUUUGUCAGUGACUGAAUAGCAUAAAAGAAUCCUAUAGAAAUUGUUUAAUAUUAUUUUACUGUCAACCUAUGUAUAAUUUAAUAAUAUUGAAUUAUGGAUUAUAAAAGUAUAGUAUAAUAUAAUAUGUUAUAGAUAUAAACAAUUAUUUUAUUUUGAUUUAAACAUCUAUGUUACAAAUUAUUGUUCACAUGAAUACACAACAAUAAAUAAUAAGUAGCGAUAAAAUUACCCAUUUUAUUAUGGUCACAUUGUGUUAGGGGAAUUUUUCAUUUUACUAUAUUAAUCAUAUAAUAAUAAUAAUAAUAAUAAAUUCUAAAAUAAAUAGUUAUAAAUCUAUUAUGUACAUGGUAUUAAAAAAUUGUUUCAGCAAAAAGUAAAAAUAAAUAAGAUAUAAAUACAUAAAUAAAUGAAUGCAUUGCCUGGAGUAUUAUGAUAUAUUAUGAUAUGUGAAUUGUACGACCAGUUUCGAAUUAAACAGUCAUUCUCAGGUUAAAUCAAAAAUUAAAUUGCGACUGAAUAUAAAAAAAUAAAUGAAUGAAUACACAGAGAAAAAUUUUACAAAUCUAUUGUUUUUUAUAGAAAUAAUUUAUUUUAAUAGGAGAUAUUAUUUAAAAUGAGUUAUUAUUAGACAUAGAUACGUUAAGAAUUAUAAAUUAUUUAUUAUCUAAAAUGUAAUGUUAUGAGACAUUAUUUUUGAAAUUAGUUUGAAAAUUUAAACUGAAUUAAUGUAAAUAUUAUUUUGGGUAUUUAAUAUUUUUAAGUUUAUUAGACAUAGAUAUGUUAAUAACUCAUUUUAAAUAAUCUCUCCUAUUAAAAUAAAUUAUUUCUGUGUAAAACGACCAAUUUGUAUAAUUUUUUUGCUAUGUAUUUCUCGAUUUAUUUUUUCUGUUACAUUAAAGCAACUUGUUUUUUUUUAUUACUAAGUACAAUGUAUAAUGAACCUCGUGAAAAGGCUAAUAUAUGUAUUUUGUGCAAAUUUUAGAUCUCUACAAUUAUUUAUACAUUGAUUAUUACAACAAGAAAACAAAAUCAAAAAACAAGACAUUUGUGUAGCUUAUUUGGUGUCUUUUUUCUCCGAGGUUUUUUUUCCUUAUAUUUUUUGUCUGUGCCUUUUUUGUUGGUGGAUUUUUAUCCAAUUAUCCAACAAAAUAAUCCCUUUGAUUUUUAAAAUAAAAACAAUUUUUAACAAUUUAAACAAUGAUUUUAAGUUGUAAAAUAUUAAGAUGAUACUAAACAUACAUUGGUUGUAUCUGUGUUUCACAACUUGGCAGUCACCAAUUAGAGAGAAAUAGGAAAUUGUUUUUCUACUAAGAUUUAAGUUGUAAAACCAAGAUUUGGGUGGAAUAGUAGGAGAGAUGUUCCUAUUUCAGGUGGCAAAAUUAGAAAGUAGACUUGACCAUUGGUUAAGCCAUAUUUGGAAUUUAACAAUAGACAAAAAUCAGUCCAAGGUAUAAGAGAGGGGGGAGGGGUUGAGAAGAUAGAAGGUUGAUUUGGCCAGAGUCUGUAAUUUCAUUGCUAAGGAUACUUGCAUGACCAGGAAUCCAUGAAAAUUCAAUCACAAAAAUGGAGAGACUUAAGACUAUAUUGUCUUAUACUAACAAAAAUAGAAGAGGGGGGAGAACCCAAUUUAGAAGUGGUGAGUACUCGCAGGUAAGAUAGGGAGUCGGAGGUGAUAAGAAAAUUGUUAGGGGCUAAUGUAGAUAAGAGCUUAAGUGCUUCAAGGAUGUGAAAACAUUUGACAGUGUAAGAAGAAACAGAUGGAGGAAGAUAGCUGGACAGAGAGAUACGGUUCCUAUUUCGAUAGCGAAAUUGGGUGUAGAUUUUAACGCAUCAAUAAUAGACCUGAGACAAGAGGUUUGGAGAUUGUUGAGUCUUUUCCAAUUUGAAUAUGAGGCAGAACCUGAUAAAAGCAACUAUAGUUGAUUGAUUGUAUCAAUUGGUAGAAUAAUUCCAUUGACGGUUACCUCAGGGGAGAGAUGAUAUUCUCCUGGAAUUUUAAUUUUAAAAGGGCCAUAAGUUUAUGAAUAUUAUUUUUAAAUUAUGAUUUAUGUGCUUAAAAAUUAAAAUAUCAAAAAAACCAAUAUACAAACACAGAUGUGUUUCUGUAUUUUCUUUUAUUAAUAAUAAUUUUUUAUUUUAGGUUGUUUCAAAUUACAUAUUUAUUUCCAAAUACCGUUAUGAAAUUGUGUUGGACCAAUUACCAUCUGAAUGGUUUUCCCCAUUUUCGUGGUUAAUCAGUUGGCCUUUAUCAAAAGUGGGUACAAUGAGUUUCUUCUUUUGGUUCUGUUGCACCAAUUAUGUCGCCCAAGCAACUGUUAAUGGUAUACAAUUUUAGAAAAAAAAAAUGUUUUAAUUGUUUGUUACUGAAAUUUGAUGUAUACUAUUUAAUAUUUAUCAGUUUAUCACAAUUUGUGAAAAUUCUUAAUUAUUUUAAUUUUAUAUUUAUUAUAUUUUAAUAAUAUAAAACUAUUAAAGGAUUUAUUUUUUAUAUUUUAUAUAUUAUUUUAAAUUAUUACAAUCUAAAAAUAUUAUUGUAAAGACAAUGCAAAUUGAAGCCUAGUAAUUGUUUAUUUAUUUAAACUGGAACUAACUUCAUUUACAGAAUAAAAGGUUUUUGAUGUAUAUGUUUAUUUUGUUUAUUAUUAUUUUAAUAUUUUAAGUUUUUAAAUUACUAGUACUCAGUAUAAACUUAUGUAUAUUAUGUAUUUAUAAUGUUAUUUACUUGUUUUUAAUGGAUUUACAUAAUUAAAUAUCUUUAAAGUAAAUAAUUUGCAGAUUAUUUAUAUCUUAUAAUAAUAUACAUUGUUUAAUUAAUAUAUAAACAUUUUUUAUGCAUUUUUGUUUAUAGUAAUUUAUUAAAUUUAUUAAAUUAAAAGAAUAUUUUUAGUCCUUUUACAUUUCAUUUAAAUUGUUCAGAUUUUAGCAAUAAGAUCCAUUAUAUUUUUAAAUGGUGAGAUUUGUUUACAUUAUUUAAAGGAUACCUACUAUUAAUAUUUUAUUUUAAAGAUUGUGUUUAAUUUAUUUCAAAAUUAAAAUCAUUACAAUUUUCAGGCUCUUUGGUACUGAGAAAACUGAAAUCAAUACUGCUGUGCUCGACAAAGAUGGAUUUCUUAAAUGACGUGGUGCAAGUUAAUGGUAGACAACCUAAACAAUUGACUUGGGUAAAGGAUACCCAUAUGAACGAACAGGUAACUUUUUAAAUUAAUACAUUUGUUAUUUAAAACAGUUUUUACUGAUAGCCUGGUGUAAUAGAGUGAUGAUUAAAUAAAAUAACAAGAAUCGACUAUGUAUGUGUCUUUAUACACAUGUAGAAUGUAGAUUACUAUUAACUUAACAAGCAGACAUUGAAAUAAUAUUUCUCAUUGGUGUCAUUGGUUGAUUAUUUAGUGAGUUAUUUUUGGUAUCCAAGUGGAUAUUUUUGGUAUUUAUUGUUUCCGUUAACCUUAACAUUAAUAUAAUUAAUACAUUGUCACAAUGUUAACAUUUCAAGAUUAACUUAUUUUUUACUAGUCAUUAAUUAGGCACUUGAAUUUAAAUAUUAUUAAAUAAUAGAUACUUAGUAGUAAUAAAAUAAACAAACUUCAGCAAUAACUUAGUUUUAUUAUCAUCAUAAAUCUAUGUUUACAAAUACUUCAAAAAUUAUAAGUUUACAUAAUAAGUAUUUUGAAACAAUUUAAUUAUUUACUUAUAACGUUCUUAACAGGUAAAUUUAAAUUAAAAAAAAAAAAAAAAAUUAAGGAAUACAAAAAGUUGAAAGUAUUGAAACAAAUAGGAAUAUAUUUAGGAGUCUUAAACAGUGAAAGUAGUAGAAAAUUUAUCGAUCAUAAUUAUUAAUUCAUUAUUUAGUAUCCACUAUUUCUUCUGCCUUAUUUUCUUUGCUAGAUGAUACUUUAAUACUGGGCUCAUUAGUUUUAAUAAUGGGAAUGGAUAUCUCUUUUUUAUUAUUGACAACCUAAAUUAUUUGACAGAAAUCAUUAAUAUGUUAUACCUGUUGAUAAUACUAUUAAAUAUUAUGCAUAGACAUAAUUAUUAUUAUUAUAUCUAUGAUAUUAUUUAUGAUUAAACCUCAACAGUAAAUAUUAUCUUAAACUAUACCUUCUUGGGAGCACCAAUGCUGAGCACAACGUCCGAUGACAAAGAUGAUGUAAUCGAUUUUGGGUCAACAGUGUCUGGGAUUUUAUAACGGCGGGUAAACUGACGAGAAAUGAAACCGUGUUCAUCACUGCGUUCUUCAUGUUUGCCAUCCACUAUGAUGUAAUCAUCGAUCACCUUCACAUCCUUGUCAUUGCGAAUACGAGACAAACCACUUUUAGGCGCUGCCACAAGACGCAUAGGUCUUUGAUAACCUCUAAGUCCAAAAGGAUUUCUUCCAAAAUGAGAGCUAUAUUCUGUUGGUACUAAUAUAUCAUCUAACAAUUCCAAUCCAAAAUCCUGAUCGUAAACGGUUGGGUGUGAAAGGUCCUCCAAUAAAAAUGGUAAGAGAGAG